AUGCCGCCGGAUGAACUGCGACUGCAAGACCCGGCCCGCGGCGCCGCGAUGCAGAGCCACGGGCCGGCUUACAGGCGCGGCGCGGGCGAGAACGGCGCUGCAGCUCCCAAUGGCGGCGGCGUGGUGGUGCGCUUUGCGCCCAGCCCGGUAUACGACGAGGAUAACGACACGGACAUGACGAGCGUGGCCGAUGGCGAGGAGAACGACGAGGCGGUCGGCCUCGAGGUCGACGAGGACGAGCAGGGCAGCGUGGUAGAGGACAGCAGGGAGUCUAAGUAUGCCGUGAGCAACUACCCGAGCUUGUCGAGUCGAUACGCAUCUGGCAACCGGUUCGAUGCCAACACCGUAGUCUCCUCCUCCCGGUCAAUAUACGACGACGAGCUCGACUAUGUUUGGGAGAACGGCCGGCGCUACUGCGGGUCGUACUCAUUCCCCAAUGACGAUCUGGAGCAGGAUCGCAUGCGUGUGGUACACCAGGUCUAUCUCAACGUCUUUGACCUCGAGCUUACGACCGUGCCGCUGGAGGACCCCAAAUACAUCUUGGACAUUGGUACGGGCACCGGGGAGUGGGCCAUCGGUAUGGCCGAGAUGUUCCCCGACUGUGAGGUGGUGGGUGUCGAUACAUCUGCCAUCCAGCCUACGGCUGUGCCACACAAUGUCUUUUUCGAGAUUGAUGACUGCGAGAUGGACUGGAUGCGCCCAGAAAACUCGUGCGACAUGGUCCAUUUGCGCAACAUGUCUGGCGCCUUUGCCGACUGGAGCUUCAUCUACCAGCAAGCCUUCCACUGCCUGAAGCCGGGCGGGUACAUAGAAGUACUCGACUAUUAUGACCAUCGCGGCUCGCGCAACUUUUACGAUGCCUUCCCUCCCGACUCGGAGCUGCAUCUGAUCGCCCGAGAUCUGUGGCAGGCGGGCCUCAAAGAAGGCCGUAUGCGUGGCGUCUUUCACAUGGAGCCGAAGCUCUUUGCCGACGCCGGCUUCGUCGACAUUGACGUCAAGGAGUACUCGAUCCCGCUGAGCCCCAUCGACAACUCGCUGGGCAAGCUGUGGCUCAUCGCCUGCCUCGCCGCGCUGGAGGCGGGCACGCUGCGGCCCCUGACCAAGUACAUGGGCUGGGACCCGGACAACACGGUCCAGAUCCUCGACCGGGUCGUCGAGCAGUUCAAGAACCUGGCCCUCGAUCCGGAGAAGGGCAAGGACUUCAAGGUCAACCUCAAGGUCGUGGUGGCGCGCAAGCCGCUCGUGCCCGGCCACUGCACGACGCGGAACAUUGCCGAGAACGGCUCGAUGGACUACAGCGGCGACGACAGCACUAUUGGCUGA